GUUAGUCGCGUUCGAGCUACUCGCCCGUUGUUCCGAUUGUCCGUCCGCACCGUAAAUAAAAUAUUAUGAUCUUAAAUUAUAUUUUAUUUUACUAUAAUGUCGUAUAAAAAAUAUCGUUUUUCUUGACAUUGAUGACAUUCUAUAUCAAUCAUGGUUUUUAAACUGUUUAUGGUAUUAAGUUUUAGAUUAAUUCAAACUGUAUAUUAAAAAAAAAAAAUAACGAUCUCAGUACAAAUUAUCGAGUGCCUACCUAUGAAUAUAAAUAAAUAAAUAAUAAAUUAUUCAUAUAUUAACCAUAAAAUAAUACAAUUAUAAACUAAAAUCGUGUGUGCAUAAUGAAUCAACUAAAAUAUUUUGGAUCAAUUAUACACGGAAAUUAUAUAACUGCGUGACAGUAAGUUGAUGCGUUACUGGUUGGUGAUGCCAGUCAAAAAAGUCAUCCAUUUCCUGAAUAGUACACGUGAUUUGAGACUGUUGAAGAUGGUAUCCACUUCCAUUUCCUUGGACAGGAGGUCGUACUCUGAGAAAAUACCGAAGACACAAGUUAUAAAUGAGCUGACACUAAUGGUUAGCGGAAAUGAAACGACUAAAAACAAAGGAUAUGACAGCCAAUAUUACAUUGCGGCUGUCGUUGAGUACCACCCCAAUCUGGGUUCCAAUCCUUUGCAGUCAAUGCAGAACAAUUUACCAAUUUAUGAGGACAUUAUUCACCAUGCUAGUCAAUAUGAUGUUGAUAUAUUGGUUUUCCCGGAAGCUGGUUUGACCGGAGUUACUUUACCCGAUAAUCGAAAAGAAAUCAAAACAUUUUUAACAGAGAUUCCUUCUCCAGAAAGUAACACUAUUCCAUGUUUUACUCAAUACUGCAGCACAGUGUUGAAUAAGCUGUCAUGUGCGGCUAGACUUCAUCAUAUGUAUGUGGUAGUAAAUUUACCAGAAAUUGAGUAUUGCAAAACAGAAGAUGACGACUCGUGUCCAGAAGAUUUAGCAAAUUAUUAUAACACAAACGUGGUGUUUAAUAGGGAAGGAAGAAUCGUAGCUAGGUAUAGGAAAUUUAAUUUAUUUGGAGAAUUAGGGUUUAAUCAUACUAACUCAUCAGAAUUAUGUACGUUCGACACUGAUUUCGGCGUGAGAUUUGGAAUGUUUAUAUGUUUUGAUAUACUAUUUCAAGAUCCCGCAGCUCGGCUUAUUCGUGAAACAGGCGUUAAGGAUAUUAUAUUUUCAACGGCUUGGUUUUCAGAAAUUCCUCUGCUGACAGCUGAUUCUGUGCAAGCUGGCUGGGCAUAUACCAAUGAUGUGAAUCUAAUAGCAGCUAGUUACAACGCUCCAUCAAUGGGUGGUGGAGGUAGUGGCAUUUACGCUGGUCGGGACGGACCAUUAGUCAUGUUCAUGCCUGACCGACCUGGCACUCAGAUAAUAUUGUCAAGAGUGUUGAAAAGACAAUACAACAAUUGUGAUAUACAAUCAAAGAAAUGUUCGAUCGAUAGUAACUAUCAGACAUUUAUGUCAGAUAACCUUGUCUUACCUUAUGGUAAAGAAAAAUCCUCACCAAAUAGAAACCGGCCCAGUGAUUUUAGGUUCUUCGUGGACAACAGCUUUAAGGACUUCCACGUGGUAACCAUGCGGUCCGCGGACCCGGACGCAGAACAACAUGACGACACACUCUCCGCGUCAUUCCAGUACGAGCACGAUGGGUUCGAAUGCGCGAUGACGGUGCGCUGGCGGAACGAGAACAACAACGACACGACGGACUACAACUUGUUCGCGUACUCCGGUACCCGGACGUUCAGCGGGUUCGUGGACGCGCACAUCGAGACGUGCGGGCUGACCACGUACAAGCCGGGCGGCGCGGCACCCGGCCACUACGGCGGUGCCGUCGUGUACUACGACCCUCCCAAGGAUCUGGUCACCAUCACCGGCAUCACGAUCGCCGCCAGGUCACCGGACCUCGGCACGUUGCCCAUACCCAGCACGCUGGACACGAGCAGCUAUCCACUCGCCAACGACUACUACACGUUCAGCAAGCGGACGGUAACGGUCGGCAAGCGGAAAAUGUUGGAGAUCAACAUGGAGCUGUCCAAGCCGGUCGCCAACCUGGUCACGUUCGGCAUAUACAAGCUACCGCGGCGCGUGAACCGUGGUUGACACGAUCGCACAGUCAUUAUAUUGCCUAUACUACCUGUAUAAUUAUUAUAGUAAUGCUAAUAUUGCAUAAUAAUAUAAUUUAUGUGACGUCGGCGCAGGCGCAUUUACUGUUUUAUUUAUUUAUAUUUAUUGCGCAGUGCACACGUCAUUUCCUAUUUAAGACAUAUUAUUUUCUAACCCAUAAUAAUAUUAUGUGCCCUACGGCCCACACUACAAUUGUACAAUAGGUACCUACAUUUUUAUAUAUAAUGCCACUCGAAUAAAUAUUUUUUAGCACGUUUCUAGUACCUAUGUUUAAUCGUAUCUGUAGAGAACUCUGAGGAGGGGCAUGUCCAUUCCUCUUGGGACGUCACACUUAUAUAUUAUUGAGGAUCCACUUUAAAUUUAUUACUUACUUUAUUUUAUAUUCAAUAACGCAUAAUAUUGUAUCAUGCGACUUUUUUUUAUCUCGUGUCCCGUUUGGAUCGAAUGUUUUAUCACUAUAUUAUAUUCUGUUACUGAGCUCAACCCGCGGUGAGACAAAUGGUUUUGUCGGACUGUUAUUAUAAUAACAAUCUUAUUUCGAUGACAGAUAUUUUUUAAAAUGUGAUAACAUUGGUAAAACAAUAAACUAAUUCACGAUAUACAUAUUUUACAACUAAUGAAAAAAAUUCAACCGCAAAUCACAACAAUUUUGAAAACACCUAUAUGAGACGAAUCUAACAAUUUAAAAAUAUAAUAUAUUUCAUAUGAGCGUGUGUUUUAAAGUAUGAACUCAAAACUAAUGAUAAAAGUACUCUUUAUUUCCACCUAUGUUUGGGUCCUUGUAAUAACAAUUGUAGCUGAUUAGUUUAUAUUAAUUUAUAUAUAUUGUAUAAUAUUGUACUGUAUAUUAGUAUUAAGACAAGUGUAUGUUUAAUAGUAAUAAUAACUUGAACUGCUUUAGUCAAGUUCGGUGUUAAUGAACAUUUGAAUGUAUUUUAUAUAGGUACCUACGUACAACCGUAAUAUAGUUUUAUACUUUAUAUUUUUUUAUUUGUAACUGUGUCGUAUUUAGGAAUUUUAUUAUUAUUUUAUUUCAUCUUUACAAUACGAUAUAUAGUUAUAUAUUAUGGUCUAUGUACGCAACUAUAAAAAAAAAUCAAAAUUUUACUCAAGAUAUCAUCAUUCUAUGAAAAUAUUUAUCAGUAAUCAGAAGUAAGAUUUAUAUAUGAUUCGCUAUUACAAAAUAUGUACCUUCGGACCUUCCUAUAUUUUUUUACGAUAUUUCAUGUGUUUAACUUAAAUUUUACGUUAAAUUAGAUUGGUACUUUAUAGUACCAUGUGCGAUGUGCCCUUACAUAGCACCUUUUCCUAGCUGCGACACUGAUCUGUAAUAUUACAGCUCACUACCAAUUAUUUAUAAAAAAUGAUUACACUCAAUGUUAAAUUAUAAAUAGGGGUCAAAAUAUAUUUAUUUUAAAAAUAAAAAUGUUACUUAACAAUAUUUAGUUAUUACCCUACUGGACAUUAACUCAUAAGUACUCAGAAGACAAAAAUUAUUCCUAAUAUAUAGCUAACCUUCUGCAGAUAUUAAGGUAUCAAUAUUUCAAAGACAUAUUAAUGGGUCUAUAGUAUAUAAUAUAAUAUAGUACCGGUCUUGUGAAAUAUAUUCAUAAAUAUAUUCAAAUAAACGUAAUAAAAUAAA